CCCCCCUUCCAAACACAGCCCCAACUCUCUCUCCCCUACUGGCUCAACUCCUCACUCUUUCUUCUGCUCUGACACCGAUGGAUUCUCUCACCCUCUUCUGCACCACUUUCCUCCUCGCCGGCGGCCUCUACUGGUUCGUCUGCGUUCUGGGCUCCGCCGAACAGAAAGGGAAGCACGCCGCCCAACUGUCCGGCGGCUCCAUCGACAAGGAGAAAGUCCAAGACAACUACAAACAGUACCGGUCCUUCUUCGGCCGCCCCAAGGAGAUCGAGACCGCCGAGAAAGUCCCCGCUUUCGUCGACACCUUCUACAACCUUGUCACUGACAUUUACGAGUGGGGUUGGGGUCAAUCCUUCCAUUUCUCUCCCUCCAUCCCCGGCAAGUCCUACCGGGACGCCACCAGAAUCCACGAGGAAAUGGCCGUCGAUCUCUUGGGUGUCAAGAAGGGUGCCCGCAUUCUUGAUGCCGGCUGUGGUGUCGGCGGCCCGAUGCGUGCCAUCGCCGCUCAUUCCAGUGCCAACGUCGUCGGCAUCACCAUUAACGAGUACCAGGUAAACCGAGCCCGGAUGCACAAUGAGAAAGCCGGCCUCGAUUCCCUGUGCGAAGUUGUCUGUGGCAACUUCCUGCAAAUGCCCUUCCCCGACAGCAGCUUCGACGGGGUUUACUCCAUCGAAGCCACCUGCCAUGCACCCAAUCUGGAGGAAGUCUACAGCGAGAUCUACCGAGUUUUGAAGCCCGGAUCCCUGUACGUCUCCUACGAAUGGGUCACCACCGAAUUCUACAACCCGGAAAAUCCGGAGCACGUCGAGAUAAUCCAUGGGAUUGAGAGGGGCGAUGCUCUUCCGGGGUUGAGGAGUUACAGGGACAUUGCCCAGAUAGCCAAGAAGGUGGGAUUCGAGGUGGUCAAGGAGAAAGAUUUAGCGAAGCCCCCCGCCAAGCCCUGGUGGACCCGGCUCAAGAUGGGCAGGAUUGCUUAUUGGAGGAACCACAUUUUGGUGACGGUUCUUACCUGGCUUGGGAUUGCCCCCAAAGGCGUGGUUGACGUCCACGAGAUGUUGUUUGUCACCGCCGAUUAUCUCACCAGAGGUGGUGAGACCGGGAUUUUCACUCCUAUGCAUAUGGUUCUCUGCAGAAAGCCUGAACAUAGCAAUUCUUCUGAUUAGAACGACUACCAAGAAGAAGAAGAUGCUGCUGCCGUUGCCGGUGCCUGUUCCAUGUAAUGCUAUCAGAUUAAUCAUGGAGGUCAAUUCCGGUGCACCUCGUUGUCUUUUGUUUCUUUUUUUUUUCCCCUUCUUUUCCUAAUUAUCCAUGUUUAAUUUUGCUGUUUCAGGUUUAAUUUAACGUCAUUUUUCUUUAUUAUUAACUUAAUCUUGGAUAGCAAAAGAUCGGAACCAUCUCUCUGUCUCUCGUUGUGUUGUUGUUGUUUUUUUUGGUCCUUUCGUUUAUUGGAACCAUCUUUUUAGUUGUAGUAGUAUAAGAGAAAUUUAAUCUGGAAAUCGAUUAAUAUUUUUCCUUUUUUGUUCU